AUGGUUCUCAAGGGUAGAGGACUUAGGGUCAUGUGUUUGCACUCACUCCAGCCGAGCCAUCAUCCAGUCCUUCUGUCGUCAGAGGUCAGUCAGUUAAACAUACUGUUUUGUGUUGACACGCCUAUUGGGGGAUCAGUCACUCUUGGUAGAGUUUGUCGGGGUUGUUUCAUUACCAUUGCCGGACGGAUACUGGAGAUCGAUCUCAUCCUUCUCGAGAUGGCAGGAUUUGACGUCAUUCUUGGGAUGGACUGGUUGUCAUCUUUCAGAGCUGUUAUUGAUUGCUUUAGGGGCAGAGUUUCAGUGUAUACCCCGGAUGGGGAUUGUUUCUGCUUUGUGGGAGAUCGGUGUGAUUCUCUCAUUCCUGCGUUUUAUGGUGUUAGAGGUUGGGAUCGACAAGGGUUUUCCUUGGCUAGCCUUUUCGCUGAUGAUGAUGCUGAGUUUUGUGGGGUUAAUUAUCCAGUGGUUGUGUAUGAUUUUUUGGAUGUGUUUCCGGAGGACAUGACUGAGUUGCCUCCACACCAAGAGGUGGAGUUUGCUAUUGAUUUAAUGCCUAGUACUGCGCCAAUCUCUAUGGCACCAUAUCUUAUGGCACCGAUUGAAUUAAAAAAAUUGAAGAAGCAACUUGAUAAUUUGAGAGUGAAAGGCUUCAUCCGACCGAGAUGGUAG